GGCACACUUCUGCUGCAGAAAUACGACGCUCUGGAGGCUUUCGGGAGCUAAGUUGAGGCUUCUUGCAAUGGUUGGAGAUCGUUCAUUAUCAUCGCUCUCCGUUUCGCCAUUGAUGAACUGGAGCUUCCACCAAAAUUAUGCAGGCAGCAACAAAAAACUGCCACUAUCUUUCUCCUCUCGCUCCCUCUCCACUGACAGUGUAUUUUACCCCAUCAUUCACGCCACAGAGACUUCUUUCAAGGCAGUCCACACUUUCUCCCACCUACCCUGGUGGGGCGUAGUCAUUUCAUCCACCAUCAUUCUCCGACUUGUUCUAACUCUGCCGCUAGCUGUCCACCAGAACAGAACCAUUGCAAAGAUGGAGCUGUUGCUACCAACUCUAAAGGAAUACCAAGAGGCCGUCAAGCACAACAUAAUCGUGAAAUGUCGCCGUGCAAAUCUCCCCGUCGAGGAAGCCAACCGAAGGCUAAAGAAAGCGGCUAAGGAAGUGGCACGGGAUCUCUAUGCUCAGGAAGGUUGCAGUCCCUAUCGUGUGGCUCUACUGCCGUGGGUCCAGCUGCCACUCUGGAUCACCCUCUCUUUCGCUCUGAGAAACAUGGCGGGUGUGUUUCCUGGUCACCCAUCUCUUGAAACAGUUGAAACAGCUCUGGCUACUGAGGGCUGCCUUUGGUUUCAGGAUCUGACUGUACCUGAUCCCUACUACGUUCUUCCAAUCGUCUUGGUGGCUUCAAACCUCUGUAACAUUGAGCUACACUCUCUCAGGCGACAGACUCCGAGCAGAUCGCGACGAAUCUUCACAAACUCCCUGAGAGUAUUGUCAGUUGCUAUGCUUUUUGUAGCCACCCAAAUGCCUGCAGUUAUGACUCUUUACUGGACUACAUCCAGCACGUUUGGAUUGGUGCAGAACAUUCUGUUUAAUUUCCCCCGAGUUCGAAGGGGUCUUAAAAUUCCCCGGACCCCCAGCGAAAGUCAGACCCCCUUCAGGGACCUGUCGACCACUGUGAGGGAAAAGGCAAGAGCCUUUAUCAUCUUGCAGAGAGAACCAUCACGAAAAUGAGAACUCUUUUUACAUCAACUAUUAAUUAGUAGAUAGGUUAUACACGUGUGUGUGUGAAUGUGUACAGAGGCUCUUUAGGGUU